UUAGCACCGUAAAUAACCUUCAAGUUAAAAAACGUACAAAUUUGAAAUUUCAGGCGGCCAUCGAAAACGAGCAGGGUGUUUUUGAAUUCCUUUUUUAUCUGAGCGUUUUAAAAUCUAUAUCGCAGAUGAAAUGGAGAAUGCAAGUGCUACAUCACUGUAUGUUCAAGCAUGCAAGUUUCUACUUUGUGGUGAAGAUAAGUCAUCCUGGGAUCAACUCAUGGCAGUCUUGCCUCAACUCAGAAACGCUUUGACUUGUCGUGUUUGUCGUGGGUUAAUUGUAGAUCCACUGAGCUCAGGGUAUUGUCAACAUUAUGUAUGUAGGGCUUGUUUACAGAAAAAACGAGCAUUAAAUCCUGGAUGUAAGUGGUGUUUAGACUUUAGCAAACUCAGGCAAAGCGACGAACAAAUUCGAGUUGUACUCGCUUGUUACAAACUCCUUUGUGAAGCCAUAAAGUCAUCGAGUUUCUAUGUAAGCAGCGACAAAAACAUAGUCGUAGAUAACCUAUUGAAGGAAGCUAAACUAAACUCGGACGUGUUACCAAAUUCAAGUUUUGUAGUUUCAAAUAACUCAAGAAUUUUGGAUAAAAAAAUGGUGGACAAUGUAUCACGUGAUCAAUUGAAAACGUGUGCGCGGGAAAAGGUAGAUGUAAAAACUGCUGUAGGUAAUAACUUUCAUACAAAGAAAAUCCAAGAAUCAACAACAAAUGACAUUUUAGAACAUUGUGAUGAAAAGUCAUUUGAGCUUCUUAAACCUAGCAUGAUAGUGGUAGAAGGAAAGAAUAACCAACUGCAACCAAAUGCAUUCAAAGUAAAACCUGAUAACAGUAACAACAAAUAUAUAAAUGGUAACAACUGCAAUGAUGUCAAUGAUUUGGUCACCAUAGAAGAAAAGAAUGGCCAAUUGCAACCCAACACAAUCGAAACGGAACCUGAUAACACUAUUGCAAAUUGCACCAUUAAUGUGAUUUCUUUAGUAGAAAAAAAUGCCCAACUCCAACCAAAUGCAAUCAAAAUAGAAAUUGACAACACCAAUAUUAAUUGCAGUGAUCAACUUGAUUUCAACAGUGAGGUCAGUGAGGAGAUGGAUUCCAAAAGCAAAGAUGAUUCUUGUGAGAUAAAUAACAAUGGAGCUAAAACUCAUUUUGUACAAAAGGUAAAGUCAAGGAACAAGAGAGCCUGCUUAAGACCACGAAAUGGACAGUUGGUUCAAAAAUUUGAAGCAGGCAGGUAUAUGAGAAAACGGAAACUUGCUGCACAGACCUGUAAUCAGAAGAAUAGGCCGAGAAAGAAAUGUAAGAUUGGUUUAACUAAAUAAGUAGUGAGAUGUACUAUAAAACUUCAAUUAUUUUUUUAGCCAAUAUGUAACAAUUAGAUCCUUAACACAUAGGAAUAUUUCUACUAUUUAGGUUAGGUAACAAUGUAACUGCUCAUUAGGCCAAUAAAUGACUUAAAUGUAACUUUUAUCUAGCCAAUUAGUUAGACUAAAUAGCAGUCUUUACCAAUUUCAAAAUAUGUAAUAUCUAUAAUAUCUAUAGUUAGGAUUAUUUUAACCUAGAAUUUGUGACUUGCAUCAGAAUAUUGUAAAAGAAUACUGAAAAGCAUGUACAAGAAUACUGUAAACCUGAAAAGUGUCAUUCUUUUAUGUUUUUCAUCUGUAACUUAUAAUAGGCCAAUUAGCCUUCUCACGCCCACUUUUCUGCCAUUUUGGGGGUACUGCCUCUCCCAUGUUUGAGAGUCUCCACAUCAUGAAAUGCAAUUUUUUAGCCUUGAUGUGUUUGCAUAAUGG